UUGAUUAUUUGGUGACAUGGCAAAGACCAAUUGCUGACUGUGUGUUGUAUUGAUUUCUAGGGUUCUAUUUCUUCCCCAUUUCCCCAUUUGUACGAGAUUCAAUUGCAUUGUUCUUCCUCACCCUGUUCUUCUUCCUCGUCCGUUCAAAUCGUUCUCGCAGGCCAUGGUUGGAAGCAGUUCACGCGCGAGCACGGUUGGAUCAGUAUCAUCGCAUGAUUUGCCCAGAUGUGGGUGUGGUAACACGAUGAAGAUGUGGAGAGCCAACACAGUGCAAAAUCCCAACCGGAAAUUCUGGAAAUGUCGAAGCUCUGGGACUGUUAAUAGCUGUGAACUAUUUCUAUGGGAUGAUGAAAUACUUCAUUUCAGCAAAGGAGAAGCUGUAACUUCACCAUUUUGUAAGAAGUGUGAUAUUCUACAAUUGAAAUUGGAAUCAGUGUCAACCAAAUUGGAGAAAGCGAAGAUGAAGGUUGAAGUUCAGAAAAGGAAAAACAUGCAGCUUAGGAUAGUUCUUAUUGUGUGUUGUAUGAUUGUUGUAUGUAUUUACAAUUUCUACUAAUCUGUCUAAUUUAGUUAAGUUUGAUUGAUGUAAUUUUCAAUGAUGUGUAAUA